AUGACACUACCCACUCCAGAAUCGAAACCAGAAACAAUGGCUGUAACUACCCCUGCUGCUACUGCCGCUGCUCCUACUUCCAUUAACACAGAGGAACAAGAACAACAAGCAGAUUCAAGCAUACCAGCUUCAUCUUCAAAGAAGGAAGACCAUUCAGUCACUUUGAAGAAAUCUGCCCCUGAUUUAAGACCGGCUCCUUUACCAACUUCCUCCCCAUGGAAAUUUGUAAACCAAGAAGUUCCUGUUGCAACUAUUUCUCCAGAUUCUUUAAAGACUAAGAAAAAUAAGAACCAAAAUAAAAAUAAAACAGUUACUACAAAUACUGCCACUUCUUGGAUUCCUAUGCAAGCUGCUAUUGUCGUUACUGAUUCUUUGAAAAAUAACAACAAUGGUAAGAAAAAUAGUAGAAGGAAAAACAACAACAAUAAUAGCAACAAUAGAAAUAGAAGAUCCAACAAUAACAAGGCGAAGAAAACCGAUUCUAAGCAGACAAUGAAUUCUGAUGAACUUUCGAAAAAAGAAGAUCUUGAAAAUAUUAGCAAUGUCACAAGUAAGAAUGAGGAUAAUACUAAAGAAGGAAAUGUCGUCGAAGAUAACCUCAUAGAAAAGAGCAGUCCUGCUCAAGACGAUAAACAAAAUAAUCAUAACCAUUCUCAUCAUCAUCGUCGUCAACAGCACCAUAACCAUAAGAAACAUCAACAUACAUAUACUCCGAACACAACUACGCCAACCUGUGAUGAUCAAAGUCCUAAAUUGGAAACUUCUACUGAAAAUGCGAGUGAAGCUCCAAGCUCAUCUGCUACCACAGCUCAACAAACACAAGCACAAAAUCAUUCUCAUCCGCAUCCUCAUCCUCAUAACGGGCAUUAUCAAAAGAGGCAUUAUAACCAUAAUAGAAAUAAUUAUAUGAAUAAUAAUAAUAAUAAUGGAUCUUUGAAAAAUCAUAAUCAUCACCAAUAUGAUCAGCAACCGAUGAUGUCUGGGUACAUAAAUGUGAACUAUCCAUCGAAUCAAACGUUCGAUAACAAUGGUAUUCAAAGGAAAAUACAUGUUCCAACAGUACCAAUGUCAUAUCCAAUCCAGCCAAUAAUACAAUCCAUUAAUGAUAUUGCCAGAACAAUUGAAUAUUAUUUCAGUGAUGAAAACUUAAGUAAAGAUAAGUUUCUAAUUUCGAAGCUCUCUAAGAAUGGAUACGUCUCAUUAUAUUUAAUUUCUAAAUUUUUCAGAAUCGUGAAACUAUCAUUUGGUGGUGAUCCCAUGAUCGUCUUAGCUGCGAUUAGAGAAAUUUUAAAUAAUCCAGACGCAACUGUGGAAAUCGUAAUUGUUAAGAAGAAUGACAGUAAUACUACUGACAGGGCUGAGGAUGUUGAGGAAUUAAACUCUCCGUUAAGUAAUUAUUUCAUUCGUGCCAAAUCAGAACCCUUGAAAUGGGUUCCGUCAAAUGUUGCUGAUAAUACUACUUAUGAUGUGGAAAUUGAACGUCCUUUAGAGAUCGAAGAUUUGAAUAAGAUUUUGUUUCCUCAAGGAAUGGCUACCAAUUCCACCGGAAGUGACGUCUUGAACACGACGGAUUAG